ACCAAGAGGUUAUGGUUUCCCAGGAUAGCCUGACUGAACAGAAAGUGCUCAAGAACAGCUCUUUGAAAUUCCAUCCUGUCCUGAUUCUUUUCUAUGUGAACUUGCAUUCAUUUCAUAGGGACAGGUGCAGAAAAGGCUUUAGUCUUUCCUAUUUCUUCUUGACAUACUAAAAUGAGUGAUAUGUUUUUGUGUCUUUGGGAACUGAGGGAAUCGCAACUUCCCUAUACACUUUAUAUUUUUAUCCCACAAAUUUCUGGUCAUCUGUGUUACCAAUUUUCCCGCCCACCUUCAUUCUCCCCCUUACCACUUCUAUCUCUGCUCCUUUCCUAAUGGGCCCCACUUCUCCAAUUGAGCCAGCCUUCUUUGUAUCUUGACCCCGGCAGGAAAUCUCUUUCUUAAGCCUGCUGGGAUCUCCCAUCUUGAGCAGGUGGAAGAGGCAUUGAACCUGAAACUGCAAGGAGAGGGUCCAAGGCUAAUUUGUUCUGAGAGUGUGCUGAAGAGUGAGAAAGAAGAUUUUAUUCUGAAGGAGGAAAUUUUUGAGAAAGCACAGGACCUCAUGGUGUUAUCAAGUGGACCACAGUGGUGUGGCUCCUGGGAAUUCUGGUGUGGAAAAACCUGUAAAGAGGAGAAAAGCAGGUUAGGGAGAUGGCCUGGCUACCUCAGUGGGGGAUGUGUGGAGAACACUACAAAUGAUAUUAUAGAAGUGACUGUCAAGGAUGAGAUGAUCUCAGUAGAAGAGAGUUCAGAGAAUACUGAUGCCAAUACCCACCUUGGUGUACAUCAGAAAAUUCUAAGUGAGCAGGUAUUCUAUAUAUGUGAAGAAUGUGGCAAGUGUUUUGAUCAAAAUGAAGACUUUGAUCAACAUCAGAGAACUCAUAAUGGAGAAAAGGUCUAUGGAUGUAAGGAAUGUGGGAAGGCUUUCAGUUUUAGAUCACAUUGCAUUGCACAUCAGAGAAUUCACAGUGGGGUAAAACCCUAUGAAUGUCAAGAAUGUGCUAAAGCCUUCGUUUGGAAGUCAAACCUGAUUCGGCACCAGAGAAUACAUACUGGCGAGAAACCCUUUGAAUGUAAAGAAUGUGGGAAGGGCUUUAGUCAGAACACAAGCCUUACACAACAUCAGCGUAUCCACACUGGGGAGAAACCGUACACAUGUAAAGAAUGUGGAAAAAGCUUCACUCGAAACCCAGCCCUUCUUCGACAUCAGAGAAUCCACACUGGGGAGAAGCCUUAUGAAUGUAAGGACUGUGGGAAAGGCUUCAUGUGGAACUCAGAUCUUGCUCAGCACCAGAGGGUCCACACUGGGGAGAAGCCUCAUGAAUGUAUUGACUGUGGGAAAAGCUUCAUUUGCAAGGCACACCUUAUCCGACAUCAGAGAAUCCAUACUGGGGAAAGACCUUAUAAAUGUAAUGACUGUGGGAAGGCCUUCAGUCAGAAUUCUGUCUUGAUUAAGCACCAGAGGUGCCAUGCUAGAGAGAAACCCUAUAACUAUCAGACCUCUCACCUUCUUGAACAUUAGGGAAUGUGUAAUGGUGAUACUUGUUUAUAAUUCUUAUGUUACAGGAACCCCAGAGACAAAAUGAAAUGACCUUCCACAAUUUGUUACAAACAGAAUUAUCUUGUUGCUUCUGAACAGAUACCAUUACUCUAGCAAAACUGGUCUGCCUGUUCCACCAUGUUCAUGCUAGGCCCAAUUUAUUUGAGCACCUACUGUGUAUCAGGUUCUGUGCUAACCACUUUACAUACAUUCUUUAAUUUUCAUAACAGUCCUAUUAAUGUAGGUAGUCUUCUCCCCAGUUUACAAAUGAGAACUCUGAAAGAGAUUAUAAAAUUCAUUCAAGGUCACUCAGCUAGUAAGUUUUAGAGUUGAGAUUGGAGCUGGGCCUACCUGACUCCAAACUCUACUGUUCUUUAUUUAAUUGUAUGUAUUUGUGCCUCUACCCAUUUUUAUCUGCUCAUGUUUUACUGGGCUUUUAGUUUACCUUCAUUAUGUAAGACCCAGCUUCUUCAACUAAGCAGACCUCUCUUCCUCUUCUACUUGUAAUCAGUACCAUCUAAGUUAGUAUUUAUUUGCUGUCUUAUAUUUUUCUAAUAAUAGUUCUUAGUCUUGACUCCACCCGAAUGGCUCUUUGAGGGCCAACAUUGCAUUUCUUUUAUGUUUUUAAAGUUUUGAAACUUAUUUAUUUAUUUAUUGCUAGAUAUAACAUGUUUAUGAUAAAAAAAAAUCGAAAUAGUAAUAGUAUUCAAAAGAGUAUUAAGUGAAAAGUAAAUUUCCUUGUCACUCCAGUUAUCUUCCCCAGAGGCAAUCACUGUUUCUUGUUGUAUGUCUUUCUGGAGAUAUUUUUUCUCUAUAUACAAAUAUUUAUUAAUACCACUUUUCAUAAGUCUACCUCACUGAAAACCUUACUUGAUGUAGGUGACAUUGCAGUUACAUUGCCAACUC